AUGCCAUCUCAUUUUGACACUCUACAAUUGCACGCCGGGCAAGAAGAUGCCACCGAAAACGCUCACAACCCAAGAGCUGUUCCAAUUUACGCCUCUACUUCGUACGUGUUCAACAACUCGAAGCACGGUGCUCAAUUGUUCGGUUUGGAGACUCCCGGUUACAUGUACUCCCGUAUUGUGAACCCUACCAACGAUGUGCUAGAGAAGAGAAUUGCUGCCUUGGAGGGUGGUGCUGCUGCUUUGGCCUUGUCGUCUGGUCAAGCUGCCCAAACAUUGGCUAUUACAGGUUUGGCUCACAACGGUGACAACAUCGUCUCCACUUCUUACUUGUACGGUGGUACUUACAACCAAUUCAAGGUCGCCUUCAAGAGAUUGGGCAUUGAAACCAGAUUUGUUGAUGGUGACAAGCCAGAGGACUUUGAGAAGUUGUUCGACGACAGAACCAAGGCUGUUUACUUGGAAACCAUUGGUAACCCUAAGUACAAUGUUCCAGAUUUCGAAAAGAUCACUGCUGUUGCCCACAAGCACGGUAUCCCAGUCGUUGUUGACAACACCUUCGGUGCUGGUGGUUUCUUUGCUCAGCCUAUCAAGUGGGGUGCUGACAUUGUUACACACUCUGCUACUAAGUGGAUCGGUGGUCACGGUACUACUAUUGCUGGUAUCAUCGUGGACUCCGGUAAGUUCCCUUGGAAGGACUACCCAGAGAAGUUCCCACAAUUCUCCAAGCCUUCUGAGGGUUACCAUGGUAUGAUCUUCAACGAUGCCUUCGGACCUUUGGCCUUCAUUGGUCAUGUCAGAACCGAGUUGCUAAGAGACUUGGGUCCAGCUUUGAACCCAAUUGCUGCCUUCCUCCUACUACAAGGUGUGGAAACUCUAUCCCUAAGAGGUGAAAGACAUGGUCAAAAUGCUCUAGCACUUGCCAAAUGGCUAGAAAAGUCUCCAUACGUAUCGUGGGUCUCUUACCCUGGUUUGGAAUCACACUCUCACCACGAGAAUGCAAAGAAGUACUUGCAAAACGGUUUCGGUGGUGUCCUUUCUUUCGGUGUUAAGGACUUGCCAAACGCUGCUGAGGAAACUGACCCUUUCAAGGCUUCUGGUGCUCAAGUUGUAGAUGCUUUACAAAUUGCCUCUAACUUGGCUAACGUCGGUGACUCUAAGACCUUGGUUAUUGCCCCUUACUUCACCACUCACCAACAAUUGGAUGAUGAAGAGAAGCUGGCUUCUGGUGUUACCAAGGAUUUGAUUCGUGUAUCGGUUGGUACCGAGUACAUCGAUGAUAUCAUCAACGACUUCCAACAAGCAUUUGAGAAGGUUUUCCAAGGUCAAAAGCCAUAG